UCCGCAGCCUGGGCAGCCAGAUGAAGUUGGUCGUUAACGAAAAAGGAAGCGAUUAUGCUAAUGUUCACUUCAUUUUUUAAAUUUCCACCUUUAUUCUAAGGAUGCUAAAGUUUGACUUACUCGGAUAAAUAGUGUUAGUAUCGUUGAGUUGAACAUCGUGUCAGUCUUCAUGUUGUCUACCUUUUGCUGUAGCAGGAAAGCUAACCCUAACGACGUAAGUCGAGUUUCUCGAUAGCCAGCUAGCUUAGCUAGCGAAAGACUGCUCUAGCGUUAGCUUUCUAACGGCUGCUGUAGUCCGUGGCGAAAUGGCGGCCAACACGACCCAAGCAACCCCUACAACUAACUGGUCCUACGGUGCUCCUGGAGACGCCCAGGUUCACGAAAACCCAGAAUGGGAGAAGGCAAGACAAGCAUUAGCCUCCAUUAACAAGAGUCAGAGCUCUGCAAAGACUACACAAGCCAACCGGACAACAGCAGAGGCUGGUCAGUUUCAGCCAGCAGUGACUGACUCUGCUGCCAUUCAGCAGCAGCAGCAGCAGUACUAUCCGUGGUACCAGCAAACUCAGCAGCAUUAUCCUGGAUACACAUACCCUUAUAACUACUACUACCCAAUGGGCCCAUAUGGAGCUGCAUAUCCACCAAAUCAGUAUGGUGUACCCCCAGGGCCUUACCCAGGAGCUCCAACCUCUAAUGGACAGCCUCCUCCAGUGCCUGGAAUGGAAGACCAGUCCCCCAGCUAUCCGUCACAGCCCCAGCCUCCUCCCCCUGCUACUCCCCAACCACCCCAGAGCCCAACCACCUCAGAGAAACCCCCUCCUCCUCCACCCCCACCCAUUCCUCCCCCACCCAACUCCCAGUACCCCCCUCCUCCAUCCCAAAAUGCUUACAGUGCCAGUAACUCCAUGCCAUACCCACCUGGUGACCCCAACCAAAUGCAAGUUUACAAUCAUUCCCAGGGCAGACCUAACUAUGGACAGGGCUUCCAGGCCCAGAACACCUAUCAGCCCUCUCAGAAUACCUCUCAGCAGCAACAGCAGCCAGGCCAGUAUGUACCAGGACUUGGCAGAGGAGACGCCAACAAAAACAAAAACCAAAAACAAGGACAGCAACUGUGGCACCGCAUGAAACAGGCGCCUGGGACAGCUUCUGUGAAGUUCAAUAUCCCAAAGAGGCCCUAUCAGGUUCAGUGUUCUACAAUUUCCAAUCAGACUUUCCCUCCAGGCGAGCAGCCCUCAGGCUUGAAUCCAGCUCCUUCCUCCCCAGCUAGUGCCAGUGCUGCAGCUGGUGGUGCUCAGACACGACCUCAAGACUGGCCCCAAGCCAUGAAGGAAUACGUGCAGCGCUGUUUUACAGCCUGUGAGACAGAGGAGGACAAAGAUCGUACAGAGAAAGUGCUGAAGGAAGUUCUGCAGGACCGGUUAAAAGAUGGCUCUGCAUAUACCAUUGAUUGGACUCACGAACCAUUGCCUGAGCUAAAAGUUAAGCAGUCUCGUUGGGAAGCUGUUCAACCCCAGAGGACAUCAGAUGGUUCAAUUAGCCGUGGUGGAAGCACAGCAACUACAGCAUCAAGAGGCAGGGGUGGCGGACACAGACUGGGCCACUAUAGGAAUAUAUUUUCUCAAAGGAGUCCAUCUUCCAGUUCCUCCCGUUCCUCCUCCCGAUCCCCAUCCCCCUCCCAUGGCCGGCACAGAGACCGCAGCAACCAAAGGCAUAGACGCAGCGAUUCGGGCUCCCAGUCAGACAGCAGCAUCUCAAGUGACCUCCGACCUCAGCUGUCACGACGAAGUCAGAGAGGAGCACGUGGUCGUGGUAAUGACAGGGAUAGAGGACGUGGAGGUGGAGAGAGAGGACGUGGAAGAGGAGGAAAAGCCAACAGAGGAAGGCGAAACAUGGAAGAUUCCAAUUCAGCUGUUGGAAAGAAGAGGAAAGGUGGCAAUGCUGGUCUGGACUUCCAUGACCCCAACAGGGAAGCCAAGAAGCAGAGCAGAGCAGCUCGUUUUCACAAGCAGCUUCGCUCAGAGCCGCUGGUUCUCUCUGUCAAUGCCCUAGACUUGCCUGAUGGUACACAGGAGGGCCUCAGCUGGGAGGACUGCCCAAUUGUUGGAACAUGCCAGGACAUCACCAAGUCCUACCUGAGGCUUACGUGUGCCCCGGACCCCUCCACUGUGCGCCCAGUAUCUGUCCUGAGAAAAUCCCUGCAGGCUGUGAAAGCGCACUGGAAAACCCACCAGGACUAUGUCUAUGCCUGCGAACAGAUGAAGUCCAUACGACAGGACCUCACGGUCCAGGGAGUUCGUACCGAAUUCACAGUAGAAGUGUACGAGUGUCAUGCACGUAUUGCUCUGGAAAAGGGAGACCAUGAAGAGUUCAACCAGUGCCAGACCCAGCUGAAGGCCCUAUAUAAGGACAAUCCCUCCGAGAACAUUGGAGAGUUUACAGCAUAUAGAUUGCUGUAUUAUAUCUUCACUAAAAACUCUGGAGAUCUGACCACUGAGUUGGUGUACUUGACGCCGGCGCUGAGGGCAGAUGUGUGUGUGGCUCAUGCACUUGCUCUCCGCGCUGCGUGGGCGUUAGGAAACUAUCGUCGUUUCUUUAAGCUGUACCAGGAAGCCCCGCGCAUGGCUUCGUACCUCAUUGACAAGUUUGUAGAGAGAGAAAGAAAGGUUGCACUGAGGGCCAUGGUCAAAACGUUCAGGCCUGACUUGCCGGUGCAGUAUGUGCAGUCCAAUCUGGGCUUCUCUUGUUUAGACUCCUGUAUGGGCUUUCUUACUGGCCUAGGUGUUACAUUUACCCCCUCUGACUCCCAAAAGAUCGACUGCAAAACCAGCACAGCCUCUUUGGCUGCCUCCUGAGGGGGGCGGGGGGUAGCAACAUUAAAGGAGAUGCUAGGGGACCAUCAUAGAUCCUUACAUAUACAAUGCACUGCACUUCAGACACCUCAGGCAGUUCAAAUAGAGUAAUUGGCAGACUAAAAACUAAUUGAGGAUUGUCUAGAAAGAUACAUGGUAGAAUACUCUGCUUUAAGUUUCAGAUUACAGAAGGCAGAUGUAAUAUUCUGGUUUCUCUGAUAAGAGCUGAUGUAAACAUGAGUCUGCAGACUACAGAUAUUGUAGGAUAGUUUAAUGCGCAAGAUCUCACUACAUUUAUAAUGCGAGAAAAGUGUGCGAACAGUUUAGAUUUGGGAUUAUCUUGUCAUCUCAGAAUUUCAGGGCCAAGAAGUCACAGAACCAGGUCAGGGAGGCACUCACCCUCAUGCUUCCUGUUCCUUUACCACCAUCAGAUGUCAAAGCUAACGGUGUUCUGUCAUGUUUUUUUCCUUCCUCAAGUCAGCAGCUCCAAGACCUGAAGUUUCGAGCCUUGUCAACCAAGAGACAACCAAAAACAUGUUUUUCAAGUCAUUCAUCCAGCCGCCGCCUGUUUGAAGUCAAGCCUACAGUGUCAGUUCAGCUUUACAUUUCCUCUCAGAGACUGAGACAACGAGGUGAGAGGCUGCCAGCAGUUUGUCUGAAAGAAGACGAGGUGGUUUGUAUGUCCUGCCCUGCGCCUGGUUUCUUCAAGGUAUCUACAGUUGGCUGUUUGUCCCUAGUCGUAUGGCCAGUGAAAGCAAUGGACUGAAGUCUUGAGUCUUGUUCCGGAUUUAGUUAAGUAGUAUUCCUUCGCUGGUCACAACCAUGAAAUGAUUGGCCGGCAUUGGCGGAAAAAGUCUCAAUCUGAUGAGCAUUGACUUUGUGAAUGAUAAAGGCUACAGGCAAGUGUUCUUCAAGGUGAUCUCCUCACUCCUCCUCGAAGCUCUAUCUCCAGAAUCGAAGCAUCCAGAUGCAGAGUGGGGAUCUGGCUCCAUCAUCCUCAGGUAGAUGUUCCACCAGCACCUGGAAUCAGCAAGACCUGAUCGACACAGCAGUGUGCAGUGAUGAGGCCCAUGCUUGAUCCACGUCUUAACCUCCCCAGUAAAAGAAAACAGCUGCCAUCGUCAAAUACAGCUGAGGGUGAAUUCUGCAUCCGGGGGGAACCCGGCUGCUUCAAGACGGAGUAACGAGUGGUUUGUAUGCUACAUCUUGCUCGGGUGUUUGCGAGGCUGGUAAGCGAAGGGGACUUUGGAACGUUAUGGAGCCGCAAAGCAGAUUGCUAUGAAAACUUGCAGGUUGAUACUGAACAGAUUAAGUUUCAAAACUAAUAACAUCCUAAAAGGCAAAAAGCAAAUUCUGUAUGGUCCCAAAAAAAUACUGCAGAUACACACUGCUGUCUACAUGUUACUUUGAGUCUUAAAUUAAAACACACUUUUUAAACCAGCAUUGAAGUAAUAAUGAGGAGAUGCCAGUUGAGUGAAGACUAGUGCAUUUAUAUAAAUUUGUCCCCUAGUUAUGAUACAGCUUUGUGAAAAGAAAAAAAGCUGCCAUGUUCUGGUCUAUAAAGACGCUGUUGUGUCAGUGGAAUUGUAGUGCUCUGAUGUGUUUUUUUUUUUUCCAUGUAGCUUCAGGUGGUCUGUGCUUUUCAGGACCUAGAAUGAUGAUGAUGUUGGUAGUGGGGCACACUGUCUGAGGUGACAAUUGGGAAAUUUCUGUCUUACAAUACUUUAAAAAUAGUGAUAAGACAGCUUGAAAAUGUCAGGAAAUGCACCCUAACCAACAGUACCUUCAGUGCAGACUUGUCCAGCAUAUCCUAUACUUCCUUAUGUAGAAUGAUUGUACUGAAAUUGAAAACCAAGGUUGACUUUUUUUCUCUUUUUCAUUUUUAAACAGUAUUAACUGCCACUGUAGAAAUAUUGCGCCUGAGGUAUUUAAGACUGAUGUAACUGAGCAGAACAUGACUGGAUGCAGUCUGCUGUACAAUCGACGUGUUUACUUAUCUAUACAGUGUAUGUUUGUAAAUAUUGUAUGAUAUUGGUGUGAUUUCAACUCGAGCAUAGUGUAGGGUUUUUGUUUCACACACGGUAAGUGUGAUUUUAUUUUUCUUUUCUUUUGGGUUUUGCAAAACUCUGUGAAUAUGUGAAUUUACAAACAGACAGAUCUGGAUUGGGUUGUGUAUCGUGUCUUCAUCGUCACAGUGGAUGUUGUUGAUUGCCUGUUUCCAGUGCCAGUUAAUCCCGGGCUGGGAGAAACUAGCACUGGAAACAUGCAGCCUGAAAACAUUAGCACAAGCUCUUGAACCAAAGUUUGGCAAGAUUCCAGUGAUGCGAAGAAUUAGGUUUUUUAAAUUGUCCCUUCAGACAAAAACACAUGACGACAUUCGUGUCACUUGCCUGUUUUGUGGCAGUUGUGUGUUGGCAGAUUGUUCCAGACAAAGCUGGUGUGUUCUCCGUGAGAAACGGGACCACCACUGCCAAACACGUGUCGUUAACGUCUCCCACAAAAGGACGAGGACAAAACGCUUUUGUGAACCUGUCUUUGUUUUCCGAACUAUUAAUUGCUUAUUAUUUCAGCAAACAUUUUGUCAUGACAAUGAUCUCAACAUGUUUUCUUUCUUCCCCCUUCAUUCACCUGACCCCCUGUCCUCUUCGCUCUUCCCUCCCCUCACUCCCUAAACCUUUCUCUCACACGCCACCAGACUUCUCAUUCUGCAGCUCGUAGUACUGCUGCAUUGCAGGAGCACACGGAGUGAUGAUAAGUGGGCGAACCACCUCCAGACGGCAGCCGGAGAGGGUGAAUUGUUAGCAAUCCAAGUCUCUUGGUUUGACCCACUGAAGUUGAAGCCGUACAGCUGAUAAAAUACGUGGGAGCCUCACAUAAUGAAGUGUGGAAAAUGCUGAUCUGCUGCUAACCCAAAUAUUUAAAAAGUCUUUCUGUGCAAGUGAUACCUGUUUAGUUUUUAAAACAAUGUUUGAUGAUUGACAAAGUCACCAUGUACUGUGGUUUUUCUGUUUGUCCAGAUGCAUUCACAUUUUUUAACAAGCCUGCAGUUCUUUGCUGAUAUUUAGGUUUUUUUCUUUCACUCUAUUUAUUUGUAGUUGUGAAUCAUUUGGCUUGCGUUUGCUAGGUUAACAGACCUGCUUGAGUCGAUUACGGCGUUGCAGUUGAGCCGAGUUUUCAGAGUUUAAUCCCGCAUCUGAAAAUGUGUCUGGACAUACAGAACAGGUUCUUAUCCUUGGAUUCACCUCCAUUUAUUAACAUUUCUUUUAAUAUGCAGUCUUCUUUAGCAAAACAUAAUGGUUUGACAAGUGCUGGUUCGUGCUUCCAUGCUAAGAGAAAGUUUUUGUUUCUUUUUUUCACGUGAUGAGCUCGACUGAUGGUUGUUUGUUGCCUUUGGUUUGUCUGAAUGUAAGAUUUUUUUACACAUGGUUUAAGUGUGUAAUCUGAUGUCUCAGGUUUUCAGCAUUGAAACAGUCCAGGAUGUUUGCUUUGUUGUUGUUUUUUUCUUUCUUUUUUCUUUUUUAGUCUAAAAUUUCACCCCCAGACAACUAACAAUACACAUUUUGAUUUUGGAUGCUUUUUUUUUUGUUUUCUCCAAUGCCUGAGUCAUGUUUUCAGUAUUUUUUGCUCCCAUGUUACUAUAUACCUCCAUCAGUCCUUGUAACUCCUUCCUUGAUAUUUGACACUGGAACAGCUCCCACCUUCCUCACUUCAGCUGUAUUCAUUUCCUGCCAUUUCCUUUUAACUCGUCUUCAUUUGAAUUUGUCUCUCACUUCCUCUUAUUUCCUCUCCCUGCAUGCUGUCCUCUCCUCGUCCUCCUCCUCCUCUUCUCGUCCUACAAAUCUCUAACCGGUAUUUGUUCUCUCCUCACUCUCUUCUUUUUCCUUUUAUGUUGAGUAUGUUUGUGACCAUUUGCCGUGUGCAACUAGUCACUCUCACUAGUAAGUAUUGUAUUGCGUCUGCAAUGCUUUAAUAGUUUAUGUUGCAGCUCACUAACAGCUGACGCUGAAGGUUUACCUGCAAUGCUUCCUCCCUAUCACCAUGCCUCUACAGAUCUGACAAUGAUAAACUGCCAUUUUGUAAAUAUUGUGUACAUAUUUUGAAAAGUCUAAUAAAAUUGAAGUAUAAAGAGCA